AUGAGGUUCGCGGAGUGUGGGAACAUUGGGAAGGAGAGCGGCGUUCUGCGGGACCUGCUUUGGAGCAGCCCCGUAGCUGAGCGUUCGCUUUGUUGCCUCCGGCCUACCGACCUCAACCAUCCCCUGCUCAGGGUGACGGGACUGUGGUGGACCCAGGACUGUCUCCAAGAGAAAAUGGUGGCAUCCUUAGGGCCCCAUGGAACUUCUCAGUCUUGCAAGUCCAAUAGAAUCUUCCUGGCCCCCACUAUGUACUUGAGAGUGGGCCCUCUGUCUCUUACUCAGAAGGAGAGUAAUGGACAGACCCCCGGAAAACUGGACGCGACUGAGAUGUCGUUUGGUCCAGACGUGAAGAGCGAUGGAGGGCCCAAAGAGGCAAGUGACCGACGCGCUCGGCGUAAUGGGAAAGGGAAGCGGCAUUCUGAAUUGAUUGGAGUGGGAAGAUUCGGCAAGGGUAUGCUCCUUGCUAAAGAUAUCCGGGAUCGAGAACGUGGGGGCCGGACAGAGAUCGGGGUGGUGGAAGGCGACGAGGAAGAGGCCAGUCAGGACUUGAUGAAGGUUUUGGAGAGUGAACUUGGAGAGAGGUUGCAAGAACUCAACCCUGCCAUUUCCGAUGAAGCAGUGGAGCAGCAGCAGCGAACCAGCAUCUCUCUCUAUCGUGUCUCAGACUCUGAAGGGAAAAUGCAGGUCACCGAAGAAGCCAGACGGCCCCUCGUUCAGGAGAUGUUGAACAGUGAUGACUGUUACAUUCUGGAUCAUGGUGGUAUGAAAAUCUAUGUAUGGAAGGGGAAAGGUGCCACUAAAGUGGAGAAGCAAACAGCCAUGUCGAAGGCCUUGGAAUUCAUGAAGAUGCAAGGAUACCCUUACAGCACCAACAUAGAGACUGCGCAUGAUGGAUCAGAGUCAGCCAUGUUCAAGCAGCUGUUCCAGAAGUGGACCGUCCGAGACCAGACAGUGGGGCUAGGAAAGACCUAUACUGUUGGCCAGAUUGAACAGGAAGAGUAA